AUGAAGCUUUCGGCUGGCCAAGUCCUCCCUUUUGCGCCUUGGAUCGCACCCAGGGCAUCGGUGGCCGGCGUGCAGGAUGUCGCGGCCGAGUCCGCCAUGAGCGUGAUCCGAGCGGCAGGCGACGCAGCCACCUGCGACUGGUUCAACCAGCCCAUCGACCACAAGAACGCCAGCUCCCACAUUUGGCAGCAGCUGUACUGCGUCAACCCGCAGUGGUGGGCCGGGCCCGGGUCUCCGGUCGUGCUGAUGACCCCCGGUGAGAACCCAAUCACGUCGGCCGUCGACUCGGCGCGUGGGUAUACGUACCUUGACAACACGACCAUGACUGGCGCGCUCGCGCAAGCUCUCGGGGCGGCAGUGGUCGUGCUUGAGCAUCGGUAUUUUGGCGGAUCAUCUCCCUACGACGGUUUCGACGCGGAGACGCUGCAAUACCUCACCAUGGAGCAGUCGGCCGCCGAUAUCGUCAGCUUCGCGCAGAACGUCACCUUCUCGUUCGACAAAAACAAGACCAGCGUUGCCUCCAAGACACCCUGGGUGUACUGGGGAGCCGGCUACUCGGCCACGCUCGGCAGCUGGAUCGAGCACUUCCACCCGGGCGUCUUUCGUGCCUACUAUCUGAGCGGUGCGACGGUCGAGGCCAACACGGAGAACUGGUACUACUACGAUACGAUCCGCAAGGGCAUUGACGCGUUCCGCAACAGCACGGACUGCACCGACGCGCUGAGCGACGCCGUCGCGUACGUCGACAGCUUCCUGCUGGCCUCGCCCGUCAACGACACCAAGGUCUCGGCGCUGAAGCAGCUGUUUGGCGCGACCUAUCCAAUUGCCGACGACGACUUCGCCUACGCCAUCGCGACGCCGUUCAGGUACUGGCAAGAGACCGGUGGCUAUAAGGACCUGCUCGACAUGUGCGACGCCGUGGUCGGCACCAACGACACGAUCGAGGACAAAGUCCUGGGAACGGUGCCCGCCUCGGUGGUUAACUACUCGGCCUAUUUCAGGAUGAACUUCCGGGACUCAACCUGCACAUACUUCGACGUCUGGGGCCAGGACGACCCGCUGUGGUGCCUCAACACGCACGACCUGCUGAACCCCUUCUUCGAGGCGCGCACGCUGGGCAACCCGUGGCGGACGUGGUACUGGCUGCUGUGUAACGAGCCGCUGGCCUCGUGGGCCACGGCCGCGCCGCCAAGCCGGCGCUCGCUCGUGUCGCGCAAGAUCGACGCGCCCUACUGGCAGCGCCAGUGCGACAUGCACUUCCCGCCCACCAACGGCUUCAAGUACGGCAGCUCCGAGGGCCGCACGCCCGACACGCUCAACGAGGAGACCGGCGGGUGGGGGAGGAACUCGAGCUGGGUUAUCUGGACCAGCGGUGAAUUUGACCCCUGGCGCGACACGGGCAUGUCGAGCGAGCUGCGUCCCGGCGGGCCGCUGCAGUCGUCGGACAAGGUCGCUGUGUUUCUCAUCAAGAACGCCGAGCACGCCGACGAUGCGUACACCGCCAGGGGGCUGGCCAACCUCAACCUGUCGGCCAACCCGGAGGUGACAAAGGUGCAGCAACAGUCGAUUGACAUCAUCAAGAAGUGGGUUAGCCAGUCCCUAGGAGGGAAGAGUGGCGAAUAG